CUCUAGAAGGGCCAACACAGAAAUUUUGACUAACAUAUAAAAAGUCUCCUCCUGGGUAUAACUUUUAAAUAAGGCAUAGCACAGAGCUGUUUCAUUUAAAAUUUUAUAAUUUUGUUUUUUUGGCUGCUCAAAGGUCACCCAUGUAUUAUUUUUUUGUGGAUUUACAUUUACUCUUUCCAAGAGCUGCAAAAAUGUUCUGAUUCUCCAGUUUUUCCCUUGUGAAGACCUUCUGCUUGAAAUGAAAGGUUUUUUUUUUUUUUUUUUUAAUAUUUGUUAUGUUAUUACUUUGUGGUUGAACAAAACAAGCUACUAAGGAAUGCCCUACUGUACUAUUUUUGCAAAAUAGCUGCAGAAAUUCUACUUUUUCAAUAAUGACUAAUGUGAUAUGGAAGUUUUAUGAGAAAGCUAUGUUCGUAGGAGUGUUUUCAGAGGCGGGCUUGGGUCUGAAGGACCUUGGAUCAAGUCCGCAGUGUGGCAACAGAGAGCCCCACAGGACCACUUUUGGGUUUUGUAUUGAUUCCAACCGGCUGGUUGAUAUCCAGGAGCUUUUAAAGGCGGCCCGGGCCCACUCUCUUCCCGGCCUUGGAGUCUGCAUGAGCAGAGAUGAGCUACUGCAGGAGCUCAGAGGGAACAAGUUUGAGUCUGGCGCACGGCCAGAUGAGAUCGAUGCAGAGCUGGAGCCAGAUGAAUUUAUGAACUCCAAGAAAUCCCAUGAAGUCCAGUCCAUGUCUGAGGUGGUGGCCUCUUUGACCCAGCACUGCAAAGUCAAACAGGUGGUAGAUGUGGGCUCGGGAAAGGGGUACCUCAGCUCCUUCCUGUCUCUGCAGUACGGCCUUCAAGUCUAUGGCAUCGACUCCUCCAGGACUAACACCCAUGGUGCACAGGAGAGGAACAGGAAGCUAAAGAAGUUCUCCCGGGCAUACCAGAAACAUGCAAAAGCAGCCAGGACCCACCCAGAAUCCUCAAACUCCCCUCAGAAAGAGAUAGUAAAAAUAAAACCUGAGGAUGUUUCAUAUGGUGAUGCAGCAGGAAGUCUGUCACAGGAGGAGAGGUUGUCAAUCAGUCCCUCAGAUGUGGACACAGCAGGGGAAAAGCAGUCAGAGCUUAACCAAGAAAGGGAGGCGCUUUUCCUUAGUGCCCUGUCAGCAGAUGUGAUACAAUUAACACCCCCCAGAGUUCCUCCAAGUCAGCUCAGUGCUGAAGAGAAGGAGAGGAGGAAGAGGGAGAACCUGGAGAGGAAAGCUCAGAGCAGAAGCGAUGGUGCCAGCCCCGUGUUUUCACCUCUCACAUCUUAUGUCACUGCAGAAACCGAGCUGCGAGAGCUCAUCACUGAGCUGGAGAGCGCUGUCAUGGUCGGCCUGCACACGUGUGGAGACUUGGCUCCGAGCACGCUGAGGAUGUUUGUGGCUAAACCAGAACUGGCUGCAGUCUGCAGUGUCGGCUGCUGCUAUCACCUGCUGUCUGAGCUGUUCGACCCGGCUGGACAAGAGUGUUUGCACAGCGUGUGUGGCUUCCCUCUGAGUCAGUACCUCCGCGACCAGUCCUGGUUCUGUGGUAGAAACGCCAGGAUGUCGGCAUGUUUGGCGCUGGAGAGAGUUUCACUUGGCCAGGGGAUUCAGAUGGAGUCUCUGUUCUAUAGAGCAGUCCUUCAUGUUAUUCUGAGGGACCACUACAGCUCCUAUAAAAGUGAAAAGCGAGUUGGGAACGUUUAUUCCAAAGCAAAGUCCUUUGUGGACUAUGUUCGUCGAGCUCUGUGCCGACUGGAACUGGAUGAAUCAAAGCUCUCUGACAGCGACAUCCAGGACUACCACGACACAUACAGAGCGCGUAUGGACGAGAUGCAUGCAUUUAACAUGUUGAAGGUCAGCCUUGCUCCUUGUAUUGAAGGUCUGAUUCUCCUCGAUCGCCUCUGCUACCUGAAAGAACAGGAGGAUGUGUCCUUCUCUGCACUGGUGCAACUUUUUGAUCCCCUGCUGUCGCCCAGAUGUUAUGCAAUCGUCGGACUGAGGAGUGAUGCAAAGAGAAUAACAAGCCGAAGAACUUAAACAUGAAAUACUCUGAGGCAUAGCUAUCAGAUAUCAUCCUGCUGUAUUGUGUUGCAUCAUCACCUUGUUUUUAUCAGAUGUAUAAUUUAGAUAUGUUCAUCCUCCCUCUGUUUAAUAAACACAUUUUUAAUGCA